AUGAAAAAUUUUUUUAUAAUAUUCACAUUUUUAAUUUUUUUUUCAUCUUUAACUCUUAGUCAAUCGCAUCAGUCAACUUAUGCUCAGUAUCAGCAACAAGAAAUUCCAUUCAGGGAAAACAGUUUUAUAGGUGAUAGACCUAUAUUAAGUGAAUAUGAUUUUAUUGUCAUCGGAGCAGGUCCAGGAGGUUGUGUCGUGGCAAACCGUUUAUCUGAACAGCUGCCAAAUUGGUCAGUACUUUUAUUGGAAGCAGGCCAAGAUGAAUCUAUAUACACAGAUAUACCGGCGGCAGUGCCUUUUUUAGAAGCAACAAACUAUAACUGGGGUUAUACCGCUGAACCCGUAAAGAACGGUUGUUUAGGUUUUAAGAAUAAUCGUUGUCCAUGGCCGAAAGGAAAAGGCAUGGGAGGAUCUUCAAUUAUAAAUGCCAUGUUUUACACAAGAGGAAAAAAAGAAGAUUAUGAUACAAUUGCAGCACUAGGAAAUGACGGCUGGAGUUACGAUGACGUAUUGCCCUAUUUCUUAAAAUCUGAGAACAAUUCAAUACCAGAAUAUCAAAAUUCACCUUUCCAUUCACAAAAAGGAAAUUUACACGUUGAACGAGUUAGAUAUCAUUCACCAUUCACUGACAAAUUUAUAGAAGCCGGUGGAGAAUUAGGAUUAAAAAAAAAUAUUGACUACACAAUUGAUCCGGAAUAUGGAGUAUCACGUUUACAAGCCACAACUCUAAAUGGUCGCAGAGUUAGUGCAUCAAAAGCUUUUAUUCGUCCGGCCAGAAACCGUCAAAACCUUCAUGUGGCAAUAAACAGCCAAGUAACAAAAAUACGUAUUGAUCCAAAAACUAAAAAAACAACUGGAGUAGAAUUUUUGAAAAAAGGAAAACUUAGAACAGUUUAUGUCAAAAAAGAAGUUAUUUUAUCGGCUGGACCAAUUAAUUCACCACAAUUGCUAAUGUUAUCAGGUGUUGGACCAAAAGAUCAUUUAAAACAUCAUAGUAUACCAGUAAUCCAAGAUUUACCAGUUGGAAAAAAUUUACUUGAGCACUAUGGCACAUUGGCCAUAGGUUUAAAAUUUGAAGUAAAUCAAACCGGACCAGCAAUUACAAAACAAACCAUAUCGGACCCGCGGUUAUUUGAAGAAUGGUUCAAAUACGGCCGAGGACCACUAACCGCACCAGGAGGAAGUGAUGGCUUAGGAUAUAUAAGAUCGCCAUCCGGUAAAGGGGUUGAAUUAAUAUUUGGUCCCACAUCGGAUGAACCUAACAUGUUUUUUCUUGGGACAUUGCUGUUGCAACCAGACGGUCGUGGAAGAGUAAGUUUGAAAAGCAAUAAUCCAUUGGAUCCGCCCAUUAUGUCCUAUGGUUAUUAUGAAAACAACAAUACCGAUUUAGAAGACAAUGUAUAUGCUCUUAAGUAUGCAGUGAAAUUAGUAGAAGAUACACAGGCAUUUAAAGACGUCUCGGCUAAACUAAGCCCAAUACCGUACCCAAAAUGUAAACAUUUACUAUUUAAAUCUGACGAUUAUUGGGCUUGUGUAUCGAAGCAUCUUACAAAUACUUAUCAUCAUCAGUGUAGUACAUGCAGGAUGGGAGAUGUUGUCAACAACAAGUUACAAGUAAUCGGAAUUCAAGGGUUAAGGGUAGUGGACUCAUCGAUAUUUCCACAUAUACCCCAUGCACAUCUUUAUGCCCCGACAUUAAUGGUCGGUGAAAAGGGAGCAGAUAUGAUUCGUAGUUAUUGGUCAAAGUGA